AUGCCGGACCUCGCCGGCCGGCUCUUCACCGAGGCAAACGGGCACGAGGUGUACCGCGGCUACGUCGACGACCCGCGCAACACGGACAACGCGUGGAUGGAGACGGUGGCGAUGCAUUUCCACUGCUCGCCCGAGCUCGGCAAGAUGCUGGCCCUGCACGCGGGCGACGAUGCCGCAGACUACAAAAAGCUCUACGCGUCUCACAAAAUGAUGAUCGACAUGAUCGACCUCGAUCACUGCCGAGCCUGA